GAUAUCUUUCCACCCCUUAGGCAGUAGUUAGCUUCUCACAUGAACUUCUUACGUGAAUUUUGGAAUUAAACAAAGUUUAGCCAUAAAGAGUUUUCUCAGAUGGACACAGUCUUCUGAAUUUCUUCAUUCUGCACUUUUGCUGCCAAAGGAUUUACAAGAUGUCUGGAGAUCACAUUAACGGGAGCGAUACAGACUACGAUUCUUUCAUUCUAGAACUUCAAAGCAUAGACAAUACAAGCAGUAAGCAGUACAAAAAUGAGAUCAGGAUGACCUAUUUCAGUACAUAUUGUAUUGUUCUCAUCCUGGGUGUCACCCUCAACUUCACCGUCAUUGUCAUCAGCUGCCGGACAUACAAGCGUUUUCAGGAGGUUGCCAUAUGGAUUAUGGCGUUGGCUGUAACACAUUUAGUCUCCUGUACAUCUGUUGUGUUUCAGCUCCUGUAUGCUUACAAUUACUUUGAAUGGAAUUACGGAACUACAAGCUGCAAGCUGUCAUCCUAUAUCACCUACGGCAGUAUGUUCUUCACGGCAACCAUGCUGAGUCUCUGGAGCAUUAAAUCUGUUUAUUUAAAGAGCGCGUGCACAAAAAAGUGCAAGAAUUGUAACAUUAUUCUGAUUUCACUCUCCUGGACCAUUGCAGCAGUCUUGGCAUGUCCUUCGCUGUUUUCCAGAGAGGUUCGAUAUUUUCAGUGCAUUGAUGACUAUGACUUCGACAAAACCAAAACAACUCAAGACGGCAUUACAAGGCUGAAGGCUGUCGUUGUCAUGCGAUUUCUCCUCGGGCUAUUGGUGCCAGCUUUGAUAAUGUUUCUCAGCUGCUGUAUGGCAUCAUCUCACAAAUUAUGUAAACAAUGCAAGAAGCAGGCACAGAUUAUCUGUGCUCUAAAGAUUGCAUACUUUGUGUGCUGGGGCCCUCAAAUCUUCUUAACUAUGCUUCAAGCCACUGUAAGCGGCAGCCUGGGUGCAGAUAUGUCAAAAUAUGGACUUCCAGCAGCUACCGUACUGGCCACAACCCACCUCUUUACCAGCCCACUCAUCUAUAUGUUACUGGGAUGCAGUGUUAAAAUGAAGUGGAUGGGGCAUGACCCAGAACAUAUUCGUAAUCACAAUGAUGAGAGGGAAAUGAUGCCCUUAGGUACCUCGAAGUAGAAGCAGUAGAAAAAUAUAGUUGUAGCACAUACAAGCAAGGAAUGUGAACUAUACUGACUGUCUAUAAAAACUGGGUUGUAUAUACUGAAACUGAAAAGUGGCCUGUUUCUUUUAACUUUUAUCCAAACUCUGAAAUGUCAAAACCAAGAUUCGCGUUCCGGGGGGCAGAAAUACGAAGGGGCCUCCCCAAAAAAGCCCAUGUGAGAGUGAUAUGAGUGCUUGAAAACAAAAUUCCACUAGAAAGUGAGCAGACAGUGAGCAGUCUUUCCGCAGCCAAAUACUUUCAAAGGCUCGCACGCGCGUCUGUGCGCGAGAAAGAACCCGUGUACAUAUAUAUAUUUUUUUUUUAUCAAAAAUGAAGUUAUAGAAAUAAUGUUGUCAAUAACUUGCUAUAGCCUAUCUAUGUUAAAUGUACUAAAAAUCAUUAAGAAGCUGAACAUGGACUGUCAUUUUUAAAGUGGGUUUCUGAAACUGUUGCAUGCAGUAAUGUAAGUAGUACAGAAUUUUAAAUGAGUCAUAUUGGUUUUCUGAAAAAACGUCCCCCCCAGGGACUUUAAUAUGAAUAAGAUAUGCUAGAAUAACCAUUGCUACGGAACACUAUUAGCCCAAUAUAUAUUUCCUGUUGUAUAUAUGAAUAAAGCUUAUAUAGCAACUUUAUGACUUUAUAUUUAUGUAUAAACUUUAUGUUUGUGUAUAAACAUUGUUUGUCAAAACAUGUUUAUGGUGUAAUUAAUAUAAUACAAAUGAAUAUAUUAUAUUAUGUUUUUGUUUUGUUUGUUUAAUGAGUAAUAAUGAGAAAAUUGGGCUUCAUUUAUGAAACAUGAUCAGAUUUUGUGUAAGAGAUUAAUAAGAGGAUUACAUGAAUGAGGCCCAUGAUGCAAGAAGCAGACAGAGCAACUGACACCAUGCAUGGUGUACUGCAUGCAGUAGCUCUAAUCAUGCAUGAAAAACAAAAUGUUUUAUAUGUAACAUUUACAUUAUAGCUGGCAUAUGCUAAUUAUAUAUGAGUAACUGCAAAAAGUAGGUUUUGACUGGCACAACUGCACCGUGAAUGUGUUCUGCGGUGAGCACAAAAUUUCCUGUCAAGGCUGAACUGUUAAUUUUAGCUUGUGGUUUAUGUUUGUGGUUUGUAAGACAAAGCUGAAUUUGUACUUUAAGGGUAAUAUGGUAAGCCAAAUUGUUUUCUUGCCUUUUAUCACUUUUAUUAUCACUUUAUUCUUUUUUUAAAUACAUUAAAACAUCUAUCUCCCUGUU